AGGGCAGUAGUCCUCAUCCCAAGAAAGCGCAAGUCACAAGACAUAGAAGAAGAUAAGGAACGAAAGAAAAAAAUGAGUAAGAUGCAUAAUACUAGAGCUAAAAGUAGAGAAACUAAAAGCUCAAGCAAGAAAGAAAAACUUGCAUUAGAACCAUCAAGUUCUAUAUGUAGUGAAACGGACUCUACAAGCACAAACUGGGCAGAGAUUCUAGAACAUGAAAAUACAGUAUACAUUACAAAUGUUUUAAGCACAGAUACAAAAAACUUUGCCACGUCAAACAAGGAUAAUUCUAUGGCCUUGUCUAUGGAAAGUUCUAGCAACAUUAGUGAAAUAAGAUCAGGUGACGAAUUAUCACAUGAUCUGCAAGAAGGCGCAACUAGUCUUAAUAAAAGUACAGACAAGAAAGUUUCCACACCCUUUGCAAAACCAUGGUCUAGUCUUUUCACGAAACUGACAAAAGGAAGAGCAACAUACUCUACCUUUUCUUCCCAGGCCAAUAUUAAUACAAAGAAUAAUAAUGCUUUAAUGUUUGACAUUCAAUGUCUCAAAGAUGUCUCUAUCAAUGAAAUAGUUGCUAUGCUAUAUAGUAAAAUCAGAACAGAUUUUAUUGAAAAAUACACCAAGGAGGGGAUAACAAUGUUUCAACAAACCUUUUAUAGCUUUAUAUCGUCUAGGCAUAAUCACUCAAUUCUAUUAGUUAGAUUCAGAAAAGUACCUAUCGCUAUGAGAGAAGAAAUCUCAAAAGAAAUCCAGGAGAAGAAAGCUCCAAAGCUUUGUUUCUUCUAUAAUGGUGAAGGUCAUUUAAAAAAAGACUUUAAACAAUUGAAUGCCACUAAAAAAUUAAAUCAACAUUACAAGCAAUUCAAAGAAAAUAAAAAUAAGAGGGUUGAAACAACAAAAACAAUAAACAACAAGCUAGCAUUAGAAGGUAACACUGGGGAAGAGAGAUUGAAUGAGAAUACUCUAGUACCAAUGGAUACUAAUAUGGAAAUGAAAGCAACAGAAUUAUCGGAUGAAGCAGAAACUGAGCAAAUGGUAAUAGAGAAUAUAUACACAACAAAAUCAUUAAUUCAAUCUAAGCCAAAGAAUAGUUGCAUAGAGGAAUCUGUAGUAAAACAAGUAGAGUUGAGAAAUCAAAAUACAGAAGUUCAUACCUCUAAUACAAAAUUUUUAACAACAAAAGGUGAUCGACCAAAUAUAGCAAUUUUGAAUCCAGGAGGUUCUGUAUCAAAAGAGAGUAAUGAUACACAAAAAGUAGAAUACAGAGCUAAUCAGGAUGAUGAGGAUUUCACUAAGGUUAAAAACAAUAAAAAGAAAAAGAGAAAAAUUGAUUUAGGCACAACAAACAAUCACUAA